UUGGGUAUCCGAAAUUGGCUUUACCUGGACCUCAUCUCACCUGAUCGAAACCCUAAAACCCUCGCUGAUAGAUAUCGAUAUCGAAGAAGAAGACAUUGUUAUGCGACUCCAACUGUAACGGAACAAUGGAAACCAGUACGGCCAUGGAUAUCGAGGAACAACCUUCACCACCGACACCCAACAACGUUAAACGCUUUGGACUCAAAAAUUCUAUUCAAACUAACUUCGGCGACGACUAUGUUUUCCAAAUCAUUCCAAAGGAUGAUUGGACUGCAAUGGCGGUUUCAUUGUCAACGAACGCAGUGAAACUGUAUUCACCUGUUGCUGGUCAAUACUAUGGAGACUUCAAGGGCCACUCUUCAACCAUCAACCAGAUUUUGUUUUCAGGUCCUUCCAAUCCCCAUGUUCUCAACUCGUGUUCUUCAGAUGGCACUAUUAGAGCUUGGGACACGCGAACAUUUCAGCAGGUUUCUACAAUUGAUGCUGGUCCUUCUCAAGAGGUCUUCAGCAUUUCUCUUGGAGGGCCUAAUGGGAAUUUGAUUGCGGCUGGUUGUAAAUCGAAGAUACUCUUCUGGGAUUGGAGAAAUAGGAAGCAAAUUGCAUGCCUGGAAGACUCUCAUGUGGAAGAUGUCACUCAGGUUCAUUUUGUCCCUGAUGAACGAGGCAAGCUUAUUUCUGCUUCAGAAGAUGGUUUGAUCUGCACAUUUGAUACCACGGGAGAUAUCAAUGAUGAUGAUCAUCUAGAGUCAGUGAUUAAUGUGGGAACUUCCAUUGCCAAGGUAGGGCUUUUUGGAGAGAGUUAUCAGAAGCUUUGGUGUUUAACGCAUAUUGAAACCUUGGGUGUCUGGGACUGGAAAGAUGGUAGAAAUGAAGUGAACUUCUCAGAUGCUCGUACUUUAGCUUCUGAGAGUUGGAAUUUGGAUCAUGUUGACUAUUUUGUUGAUUGCCAUUACUCCAAAGAAGCUGAAAAACUAUGGGUGAUUGGUGGCACUAAUGCUGGUACUUUGGGUUACUUUCCUGUAAAGUACAGUGGAGAGGCAACAAUUGGAGGUGCAGAAGCAAUUCUUGAGGGUGGCCAUACAAGUGUCAUUAGGAGUGUUCUCCCCAUGUCUAGAUUCCAUGGUAGUGGACCUUCUAAUUGUCCUAGCACUGGAGGUAUUUUUGGAUGGACUGGGGGGGAAGAUGGUAGGCUAUGUUGUUGGCUUUCUGAUGAUUCACCUCAAAUAAAUCAAUCUUGGAUUUCAAGCACAUUGAUUAUGAAGCCAGAAAGAAUACGCAAGAAAAAUCGUCAUAGCCCCUACUAGCUACAACAGUUCAAUGCCAAGGGGGAAUUUUCUUGUUUCCUUUUUUUUUCAUUUGGUUUGUUUUAUUUCUCACUACAAACUUAGGUUGGGUUGGAUUAUGAUGAAAUCACUGUAUUUUGAUAUAUGUACCUAUUGCAUGUAAAAUUAGAGCUUGGGGGCAUUUUACAUUAGCCCCCUUUUUUCAGGAAAAAGAAGUUACAGAUCA